AUGUUCCCACCAAGACCCCCUGCAGAAGGCGAACGGUUCCUGGCCUACCUCCCCCACAGCGGCUUCCACAACCAACUCAUCACCCUCGAGACUGCACUUCGACUGGCAGUGUCGCUCAACCGAACCUUACUUCUCCCACCGCUACACCUCAGUCACAAGAAGCAGGCUCUGGUCUGGAAGGAGCCGCCCAUCCUUCUCAAGCAGUGGUCGGACCGCAACCGGACAGGAGUUGAGUAUUGUCGAACUAUCGAGCCCGCAACAUGGCCCCGCAAGAAUCGGAAACAGCGAGAGGCGAUGACAGAGAAGGAGCGACUGACCGAGCACCAAUGCCGAUUUUACCAUCUCUGGACUACGACUCCGUGGACCUAUUUUUACGACAUCCCCAAGAUUUUGUCGGACGUUGUGGGCGUAGCGGGGGAGACGACGCCCAUUCGAGUGUUCAAUCGUCCGGAGAUUACGAUGGAGUGGCUCAAGGACAACCUUCAGGUGGAGGAUCUGCAGAAGGAGAUGUACUUUUUUAAUGAUACGAGUCGGUACGAGUACUUUAUUGUGGAUGAUUCAGAGACGGACUAUGGUAUCAAGCCGGGAGACGAGAAGCCUCAGGUGGAGGUGCAGGUCGACCAUUCAACACUCAUCCCAGAGACCAUGGCCACAGAAGGCAAGUUCUCAAAACGCCUUCUACUCACCGACCUCCACCGGCGCCCGGAAAAGAUCCUCCACUUUGGAUCUCUAUUCGCCACCGACCGGUUCGAGGCACGAUCACAGCGACAGCGGGAUCUGAAACAGUAUCUCUCCAAUGGGAUGGAUCUCUGGAACCAGGCGAUUCUGGACGCGACGAGGAUGGCCGAGGAUCAGAUCGAGGUGUGGUCCAAGGGGACGGAAAGGCUUGCAGAGGGGUUUCUGGGAGUUCAUUUGAGGACGGAGGAUGGGAUCUUUGAGAAGGGUGCGCCAAUGAAUCUGCAGAGGAUUGUGGUUUGGGUUGAGGAGAUGGUUAAGCAAGAUCAGUCGCGGUAUUCGUCCAAGUUGCGGCGGCGAGCAGAUCCAGUACCACAUGCGCUACCAGCAGCAGCAGAGGGAGAAGGUCAACCGGCGCAGGUACUAGCAUCCCAUAUGCCCACCACCCUCAUUGAUGAGGCAGCUCCAACAUUCCUGGAGCGGUGUCAGUCGAGUCCAGCCGAGUCACCGAUGAUCUUCAUGGCAACAGAUGUCCACCAGCCACGUUCAGCACCUCUUCUCAAGGAUUUCCUAGACCGGUUCCCGUGCACGAUGUUUCUGUCCGAUUUCCGUGAAUCGGAUGCACUUCUGGAAAACAUCCGGAACCCGGUGGACAAUGUGCUGAUGUGGCCGUAUAUGGUUGCGCUGAUGGACGCCAACUUGGCGGCCAAGGGGCGGAUGUUCCAGGGGACGGAUCGGAGCACGUUUAGUGCGUAUAUUAUCAACCACCUUUGGCCUGAGUAUCAUACUGAGGCUAUGGGGGAGUAUCGGUAG